UGGUCAGAUGGGAGCAGUUCCUCUUUCAGACACUGGGAUCAGACUCUGUCACCAGGAGACAAAUGUGCAGUGACCAUGUUGAAUGAAGGAGGAAGAUGGAAGAACGCCAACUGUACUGACCAAAAACCUUUCUUCUGUUAUGAUGAUAAAGUGAUCCUGGUCAAAGAAAAGAUGAGAUUUGAUGAAGCCUUAUUUUACUGCAGAGAGAACUACAAUGACCUGGUCUCCAUCACUAACCUUGAUGAACAGAGAUGGAUUCAAGAGAGAGCCAAGAACGCCUCAACUCCUUUUGUCUGGCUGGGACUGCGCUACACCUGCUCUCCAUAUUCAUGGUUCUGGGUCAGUGGUGAGGUAGUCAGCUAUAAGAACUGGGCCUCAGAUGGAAAGAAUGACGACUGUUACAUGCGAGGAGCCAUGGAAACAGGAGGAGAACAUCAGUGGGUCAGUCAGCUUGAAAAGAAUGAGUUUAAUUUCAUCUGUUCUAAGUCUUAGACUCACUGAUAACUGUCUUUUUAUUCAUAUACUCUGAAUGUUGGUUGUGUGUUAAACGUAUUCUUUCCAUCUGUCUUGAAUGGUGAAGUGGGAAAUGUAGGAAUCCCAACCUGAAAUGUGUAAAAGCUGUCUUCAGAUUGUGAGAGGAAGAAGCUCCACUAUA